CUAAUACGAUCUUUAUUGUAGAUAUUUUGCCUGCACCAAUUACAGAAGCGGACUUUGUUCUGCACGAGGUGUUUUAAAAAAUGAUAUAUUUAAACUAAAAGGCCAACACAGUCAUCCACGGAUCGACAGGGAAUUACAGGAACGUGAAUUUAAGCAAGCCUUGUUUCGUGCAGUAACAACAAGUUCUGAUAGUUAUAAAAAGGUGUAUGAUAAUGUGCGCAAACAGCAUCCUGAAGCGGCUAUCACUGUGACUUUCACUAGAAUUAAAAAUUUCAUGUACAAAUGGCGAAACAGUGAUUUUCCAUCCCCCGUGCACUCCCUACUUGCUUACGUUGAGAAAGUACGAUCAGUUCAAUGGAAUCACUUAUUAGAAAGUACAAACGGUACAAUGGAUGUUUCUUUAAUUACGGGUGAAGAUUCUUCAGAAUCUUCACUAUUUCUAGAUCCCGAAUUUGUGAGAAAUACUUCUGUUAAUGGUUAUUUUAAUGUGGAUGCAACUUUUAAAGUUGUUCCCAAAACGAUUGGAUCGAUGCAGUUACUUACAAUUAUGUCUUGGAAAUACAAUAAAACUAUAUUUAUAAUUUGGGUGUUAAUGGACAGUAAGACCAUAGAAGCUUAUACAGCAGUGUUUGAAUGUAUUGUAAGAUUGAUUCCAGAAUAUGAAAUACAAGAAGUCCUGACAGACUAUGAAAAUGCCCUAAAAACAGCUUUGCGUAACGUAUUUCCGAAUAUCAUCUUACACGGUUGCUGGUUUCAUUAUAAACAAGCUUUGCUGAGGAAAGCUUUGCAGCUUAAAUUACAUGCAUUAUUAAAAACCAAUAAAGAUGCUAAACAUUUAUUAGCACUUAUAAUUGCAUUACCUCUAUUAUCUGCGCACCUUAUUCGAAAAACAUAUGAUGAAAUUUGUCAUGCACAAAGUCAAUAUAUUAAAACAAAAUUCCAAUCUUUCUUUCAAUAUUACGAGCAUCAAUGACUAAGACAAGUAACGCCACAAGUUUUUACUAUACACAUGGCAAUACAUCGAACAAAUAAUUCAAUAGAAUCGUACCAUAAAACGUUAAAAGAUAAACUUGGAAUUAAUUCUCCAAUGUGGGUCUUUACUAGUAGAGAACUUAAUAAACAUAUAUGACGGUUACAAAAUGGACUUGGUAUCUGUUGCAAAGGGAUAUACAGUUAAUAGACAGCCAAAAAUUAUAACUACUAAAGAGCAGUUAUUAUUGCAAAACGCGUGGACCACAUUUAGUCAACCAAAUGGAUUUCAUCCUAUUCAAUUUUUGGAGCACGCUCUAAAUAUAAAAUUUAAUACUGUAGAUGCGUACUUUACUCUUUUUGAGGAUCAGUAAUUUACAUUUUACAGUCUUAUAAAUUAUAAUUUUUCAAAAUUGUAAUGCUGUGUAAUAAACUUUAUCAACAUGU